CACCCAACUCGCUGAAUCUCGCCACGAUUCCGCAUCCCACACUUCAGUCACACGCCACUCCUUGCUCCAUUGCUGCCCUCGUCCACCAUGUCCAGAACUACAGAUGCAAUGAAAGCCGCUGAGGUCGAGCGAAUCCUCAAAGCUUUUAAGCAGAAUCCAUACGAGGUCCUAGACAUCCAUGCGUUUGCAACAGACUCUGAAGUCAAAAAGACUUAUCGUAAGAAGUCGCUGCUGAUUCACCCCGAUAAGUUCAAGCAUGAGCAGGGCCCAGAGGCCUUCGACUUGUUGAAAAAGGCGGAGGGCAUGUUGUCGGAUCCAGCAGAGCGCGAGAAGAUUGACUCCAUCUUGACAUAUGCGCGCACCCUGGUACUAAAGGAGGCGUUAGGAUCGGGGUACUCGACCAAGGUUGAGGACGACGACCCGCGUGUUACUGGCAUGAGCCCUCCGUUCCAGGUGCAACUGCGUAUCAAGGCCAAGCGUUUGAUAUUGGCAGAGACGGAUGACGAGAAGAAGCGCGCGAACAUGGUGGCAGUAAACGAGGCGAACGAGCGCGCUGCAAUGGAGGCUGAGAAAGCGCGUCGCAAGCGCAAGGCUGAAGAGCAGAAGGCGUGGGAAGGUGAGUUGCUCGUUCUCCGUGCCCGCCACGGCGUGGCCAUUCUUACCAGACCAGGCCGCAUUCGAUGGAGCAGUUCGCGCUGCUUGAAACGUUUGGCAAGGAGAAGAGAGAAGAUGACCAUCGUGAGGCUUGAUGCUGACGCUAUUUUCCAUUAUGCGAACCCCACUUACCGCUACCUCUCCAUCCCUUCGCCGUCCUCCUCCUUUUUGCCAUAACAGAGCGUCGUGACGAACGCGUCGGCGAUUGGCGCAAUUACAUACACAAAGAGACGGAGCGCAAGGUUAAGAAGGCCAAGAAGAAACUACAUGUCCUGGGAUAGCCGUUCCCGGUUACGUUAUUGAGUGAGCCCCAGUUCUCUAUCUCCUGUUCCUAUGACCGGAUGUAUAACAGUGUACAUUGGAAGAUCUGGGUUGUU